AUGCUUGCUUAUGGAGUAGCCGCUGAUUUUAUGGACAAAUAUGUGAGAAUUGGAGAAAGCACUGCAAUAGAAAGCUUAAAAUAUUUUGUUAAAGCAGUUGUUGAUAUUUUUUCUAAUGAGCAUUUCAGGUCACCAAACAGCAAUGACAUCGCUAAACUACUAGUGGUUGGUGAAAGUUGUGGAUUUCCUGGAAUGAUGGGGAGCAUUGAUUGUAUGCAUUGGAAAUGGAAAAAUUGUCCGACUACGUUGAAAGAAAGGUCUUUUGCAUUUACCGAACUUGCUAAAGGGCGUGCUCCUGCAGUUAAUUACACCAUCAAUGGUAAUGAAUAUACAAUGGGAUACUAUCUCGUCGAUGGUAUAUAUCCACAAUGGUCAACAUUUGUGAAAACAAUUCAUUCUCCUCAAGGAAAUAAGAAAAAACUUUUUGCUGCAGCUUAA